AUGCGCGACAGACGCUCCAAUCCACAACCAAGAGCAUUUCAGCAUUUACAGUCGGACGAAACUAUCAAGACGAUCUUCCGAUUAAUGCGUGUGACAAGUGUGGAAGGGAGGGUAAGGAAGAGGGGGAGGGUGACCUGCGGCGACAGAGGAGCAGCUUUGGGAGUGUGCUCCAAGGGGGAAGAGCUGCUGCUGCUGACCCUAUGGCCACGUGACGCUGAUCCCCUCCUCAAACACCAGAGCAUCAUCUUCGGUGGAGCAAGCGUGCAGCCCAUUCCGCACAGCUGCCAUCCCCCACCGGCCGCAGUCGUGGCACAAAAGAUCCAGCUGGUCCAUGUCCCUGAACCGGAGCUUUACAACCCCCUGACCCUGCUCUCAGCGUGUGCACUGAAGUCCUCCUCCUCCUCCUCCUCCUCUAGAGCAGCGAGGGUGGAGUUCUGUCUGAGCCUGUGA